CGAACCGUUUACUACGACAUUGUCGCCGGAUCUUGAUGGUCCGGACGGAUUCAGCCCCCUGUCGAUCUCCACUUUCUGCACCACACACGCAGUGCACCUACACUCGGGCGGGAGAAUACGAAGAAACGUCGAUUCAGUCGUCUUUAUUGUUGGCCCCUGCAACAGGCUUGCGAUGAUCCAGAACGAUCGGCCACUGUCCCGAGGAAGCAUAUCAUUUUCUUAGUAGCCACCAUGUCCACCAACGACCCUUUUGCCUUUCUUGAGCAGAGCGCGCCGCUCCCGGAGCGCAAACCCACCCGGAGGCCUACCCAAUGGAAAGAAAAACUGUUCCACAAAGAUAAACAGAAAAAGGUAUCCAAGGCCGCGGACCAGCAGAUCGAGGCGUUCCUGGGUCCAACCCGGACGCAGUCGAUAUCGCACAGUCAUGCCAUCCCGCACCCGCUGGACGGCCCGCGCGACCAGCCAACCCUACCGAACUUGGAGUUCAAUCAGUCUUGGUCACUCGCGCAGGAUCCCCGUAGUAUGUCGCCCCAGCACGCGAAGCCCCCCGCCGCGGAUUUCCACCCGUCCGAGGGGAUGGCAAAGCCUCCUCACAAGUCCCGUCCCCGGAGAGGGACCAAGGUCCGAUUCUCAGACAAACAGCCGGAAUUGAUGGGGGAGGGCGGGGAUGAAUCGGAGAUCCCGACGGCGGAGAUGUGCCUGUGUCGCGACCGCGCACGCCAGAAACAAGACGAUGGCUCGGCCCCUCCGCUUCGCGUGGAUACCUCGGGGGAGAGCCAUCGGCCCCUUCGACGCCAGGACACCACGGCGCGCAAAGCACCUCAGAUCACCAGUGCGCAGGAUUCGGAUUUGCUCAUGGCGCUGGGGGGCGCAGGCGCGGGGUCCCGACUGUCUUUUCGCGCGUCGCCCGAGUCCAGUUCGUUUGCGCAGCAGGUUCGAGACAAGAUGCAAGCGGAGGAGGGCCGUGCCUUGCAUCACCAUUACGACCCCCAAGAGGACGAUGGCCAGCCGGCCCCUGACAGCCCGAGCUCCUCUUACGAAACGCCUCCCCUCUCCGAAACUGAACCGGCCCCACCUCCGAACCCGUUCCGAGACGCUUCGAGUCCCGAGAAAGCAUACAGUCCCGCGAACGCAUACAGUUCCGCGAACGCAUACAGUCCCGCGAAAGCAUACGGUCCUGCGAAGUCAUAUAGUCCUGAAAAAUCAUACAGGUCCGAGAGAAUUUCACCCAAGGCGUCGCCGGUCGAAUCGUUGCCGUCCGGUAUUGCGCCGGGAGGAAGUCUCCCUAACCCGAAUCCGUCCCCGCCCAAGUACCAGCCCGUCCGCAGUGGUCCGGUCCGGGAGGAGUCGAGCCGCCCGUCGACCGGAGACACCACAGGCUCCCGGAACGCGGGGCCGAAAUUCUCCCUGCGGACGGUGGCCAACCAGUUCAAUGACACUGCCUUUACGGAUCUGAAAGACCAAGUCCAAAGCUAUUCGGACCUCAUCCAAGAAGCCGCGGAGAGCGUGAAGCCGCUGAUGGAGACGUCCCUUGCGGAAUGGAUGAGGGCCGCCGUGUGGUGGUUUCUGCGGGGGAAGCGAAGGCUGGAGGCGUAUGCGCGCGCCUCACGUUCCGGCUCGGGCGGGAGACCAGAAGACGCAAGGCAGGCGGUCGUUGAUCUGUGUAAGGUCUUGUGGAUCAUCGAGGAGAUCGUUCCCGUGCACGGCGAGCUGAGUCGGUACGGCGCGAUGGGGGUCGAGGCAUUGCUCGCGAUCGUCAGCACCACCGGUGACCGGCAGCUGGCGGACCUUCUGAGUCUGCAUCAGACCAUGUUGAACCAUCUCCGCUCCCUGGCCAUGUCGAUCAAGCGGAACAACAUCAUGGACACCAUCAUGUCAGCCGGGGAUGCGGGGAUGCGCGUCGAUACCACAGUGUGGGUCCGAUAUCCCUUUUUCGCACCGGACGUCUCCGCGGUGCUUUCCGGCGCGGCUACGCGGUCCAUGUUGCUGGAUAAGUCAGGCAAGAGCCCCUCGCUGGUGCACAUGAUGCCGUUGAGCGACACCAACCGGUUCUUCACCUACGGGAGUAUGUUCGUGAAGGUGUACGUGAGUUCGAACGAAGACGACGGCCAGCAGCAGUUCUCGAUCCCGUGCGUGCUGUCCAUCAUCCGGGACCGGGCCGACUGGUACGUCUGUGCCGCUAUCAGCAGUCAGAGUGAACUGGUCAACGUGAUGAUCCAGUCCGACCGCAAGAAAGGGCCCACGUGGGAGGAUGUGGACUGGCAGGUCCGGUCGCACUCGAUGGGGGUCAAGCUGCCGCGAGGCUUCGAACUCGACAUCGUGUUCGACGAGGAGGAUUUCAAGAAUCUGUGGAAUAUCGUGCAGUACACGCAGAAGACCGAGGCGAGUUACCACCACGAGGCCGGGGAGACCAUGGUUUUCGAGAACGUCCUCAAGUCGUUUAGUUACAUGGACCCGGGCUCGACACGAGGCUUCCCGACGGAGCCCAUCGAGCGGUGCCGCCUGCGGCUGUUCGAGCGGACCGUGACCCUGACUGAAGGGACCGGGACGCGGAGUGCCCACCGAGGCUUCCGGCUCGCCGUGCUGACCAGCCCUAAAUUCAAAACGCUGAGCAGUGUGCGCCACAUGUUCGGCCAGGGGGCACCCAUCGUGUUCGGUCUCCUCCGGGGCGUAGAUGGAGCGCCCGCGCUUGCGCUCAAGGUCACGGAGGAUGGCCGAACGCGGACCAUGCUGAUGACUUUCCACGAAGUCCCGGAACGGACCGCCCUGCACUCCCUCAUGCUGGGGAUGGUACCCCAAGAGGGAGAGAUCAAGACGCCGGACAUUUCCCUCCGUGCCUACUCGGUCGAACAACCUGCGGACAAGCUGACCGGUUCACCGGCCAAAACGCACCUCCAGUUCCCUGCGGGCACCGUGUCCGUGAUCGACCAGGAGCACGGGUAUGUUGAACAUGGCUACGGGCCCACGAUUCUGUCCGAGACUCUGCGGGCGUUUAUCGCGACGGAGUGGGGGUCUGCAACGGACCGCAUCAAUCUUGGCCCUGGCGAACUGAGACUCGGCCUUGAUAUCAAUAACCGGACGGGACUUAGCCUGUACCGACCUGCGCAGCAGGAUCUGACGGUGUCUGUUGCUGAGAAUUUGAUUGCUCCGGAGAUGCCGGAGAAGUUGACGGAGUUCUUGCAAGUGGCUCAGGUCAAACCGACGGUGCGACGGUUUGACUUUGCGACUGUGAAAGAUCUUCACCGAUUCCAACGCGCAGUGACGGGCUUCCAAGUCCUUUUUGAUAGUGUUGCUUCGUCUCUAUCCAUCUCGCGCCGCCGGAUGGUGGUGCCCAUCCACAAGAAGUGGGAAGCCAACCUGGCCCGUAUCCAGGUCGUUCAACAAGACAAGGUCAUCCAACUGAUUGCGUUCCUGAAUGAGUUCAAUCAUGGAAAAUGCAUGAACUUCGUCCUCAAGGGCACCGACACCCUGGAGAGUUUCGGGCGGCCGGGGAAGUUUGGCGUGCGGGUUCUGGACGCCAAAUUCGCCCUACCACGGACGGACGACGACCCGACGGCGGACUACGUGUGUUUGGACAUGCCGGAGUAUCCUCUUGAACAUGACGAUAUUACUAUUGUAUUUGAUUCCGAAGAAGACCGCACCAAUUUCCAGACCGCCGCGCCAGGAUCCGUCCGCGAGCCAUCCCGGAUGAACGAUGACGAUAUUCGGACCGAAUCCGAUCUUGCGCAAUCGGUCGUAUCACGUGGCAACCCCUCCUGGCUCCACUUGAACCACUCGACCUCCACCCUUCCUCCAACCCCGCCAUAUUCCCACCUACCCAUCCAAUUUAUCACCAUGGCACCCCUCGGACCCGACGUGAGCAUUUCCACACGCUCUCUACACGCAGAUGAUGCUUUCAAUGUAGCCACCGAUGUGGCUCCCCCGCUGCACGUUGCCACUACAUACCGGUACGCCGCGGACCCAGAUGAUCUCGUCCCGGCGCGGGACCGCAGCUUCGGAGAUGACCCGACGGAGCACGUCUACUCUCGCCUUUCGGCCCCCAGCAUGACCCGUUUCGAAGCGAUCCUGUCGUCUCUGCUCAAUGGCAAAGUUAUCAGCUACUCGUCGGGUCUGUCGGCCUUUCACGCCGCGCUUGUACUGCUGAACCCCCGCCGCAUCUCGAUCGGCCAGGGCUACCACGGCUGCCACGGCGUGAUCGCCAUGGUCAGCCGCAUGACGGGCCUGCAGAAGCUGGAUCUUGAUUGUCCGGCGGAACAGCUCGAGGCAGGCGACGUGAUCCACCUGGAAACCCCCGUGAACCCCGAAGGCACAGCGUUCAACAUCGCCGCGUACGCCGAGAAGGCCCAUUCCCGCGGCGCCUAUCUCAUCGUCGACGGCACGUUCGCUCCGCCAGGCCUACAAGAUCCGUUCCAAUGGGGCGCCGACCUAGUCAUGCACUCCGGCUCCAAGUACUUCGGCGGCCACAGCGACGUGCUGUGCGGAGUCCUAGCCACGCAGCGCUCCGACUGGACCCGCCAGCUCUUCGAAGACCGCAUCUUCCUCGGCAGCGUAAUGGGCAACAUGGAAGCCUGGCUCGGCGUCCGCAGUCUCCGCACCCUUGAGAUCCGCGUCCAGCGCCAAAGCCGCAGCACCACGAACCUCGUCUCCUGGCUCGACAAGGCCCUGCGCACCCCCAACCCAGCUCCAAACAGCGACGAAGCCGUCACGCAAAAGGCCCUCAAAGAAAUCUUCCACGCCAGCCUGCAACCCCAAGACCCCUGGCUGCAGCAGCAGAUGCCCAACGGCUUCGGACCCGUCUUCUCGAUCGCCAUGCACGAAGAAGACUUUGCGCGCAAACUCCCCAGUAAACUGAAGUUCUUCCAGCAUGCGACGUCCCUGGGCGGCGUGGAGACGCUCAUCGAGUGGCGGACGAUGUCGGAUACGACGGUGGAUACGCGGCUGUUGCGCGUUAGUGUCGGGUUGGAGGAUUGGGAGGAUUUGAAGGGGGAUUUGGUGGGUGCGUUUAGAGAGUUGGUUGCUUAGUUGGUAUAUGUUGGAUUUUGCUAGUUAUGACAUGUGUAUAUGGAUAGAGAGUAUGUAGAUAAGAUAAGCUUGGCUAGAUAAGACCCCGCACGUGGUAUCUUACCUCUUGAUUCUG